AUGAGCCUAACAGCAGUAGAACUAGUCAACAAUAUAAGGAGGUUUUCCUUACCCAAGGUGUACCCAGUAUCUACCAUUUGGCCAGCUCAAAGAAGAUCAGCUGUGAUGAUUGUACUCUUUGUGGGUAAUGGUGGUGAACUGAGAGUGGUAUUGACCAAGAGAUCAAGAAAAUUAAACAAUUUUAGUGGACAUGUCUCAUUACCUGGUGGGAAAGCUGAUGAUGAACAUGAAACCGAGUGUCAAAUUGCUAGAAGAGAAUCAUUUGAAGAAAUUGGAUUACCUUAUGAUGAAGAAUUGAAUAAACAAGGUUUAAAAUUGGAAUAUUUAAAUAUGUUACCAUGUUAUCUUUCAAGAACUUUCCUAAGUGUUAGACCUGUUGUUUAUUUUCUUCAAAAUAUUAAAUCUCCAAGUGAACAGAUUAAAGAUCUUAAAUUAUUGUUAAAUCCUGGUGAAACUUCAUCUAUUUUUUCAAUACCAUUAUUAGAUUUAAUUCAUAAUGAUCAAUCAAAAAUAAAACAUGAAUAUCUUUCCAAAACAAUUCAUACAUAUCAUUGGGGUCAUUUAAAAUGGCCUUUAAAACAUUUUUAUUAUCCAACUAUAAACUCCAAAGAAGUUUCAUGGUUAAAUGAAGUUCAAGACUUAAGUUCUGAUGAAGAAGAUUUAAUUGAUGAUAUGCAUGAACAUAAUAAUGGGAAAGAUAUUAAAGAUCUUUGGGGGUUAACUGCACAAAUGAUUUAUGAUUUAGCUAAUAUUGCCACUAAUCAAUUAGAUCAAAAUUAUAUUGGUAAUGAAAAUUUAAUUUAUGGAUUAACUCAAUUUGGUGGUCAAAUGAAUGAUAGGAAAAGAUCAAAUUGGGAAUCUGGAAUGAUUAUUAACGAACGAGGUAAACAUUUUGAACAAGUUCUUCCGAAACAUAUUUUCAAGAACAUUGUCACUGAGUUUAAAUUAUAA